AUGAAACUUCAUUUGGUAAAAUUUAUGAUGCAUUCAUUAUAUUAAGAGAGAGUUUUACGUUUUCAUAAAUUGAAACUUAAAAAAAUAGAUUACAGGAGAGUCAUUAAAAUUGGAGAGUUAAACAAAUAGAAUGGUGAAAAAGGAAUCUAGAAUUAAAUUAUUAUAUAGAAGAUUAAACUAAAAUCUAAAUAGAGUGCUUAUGGAAAUUUAAUUUGGUAUUUAUUAAUGAAUAGAUUUAAGUAAGACCAUUUAUUUGUAGUUUAGUUUUUGCAAUCUUAAAUUUACUUUGAAAACUAUCUUGAUGCUUAUGAAUCAGUCUAUUAGUAGAUUAGGAUAUCUUCACUCUUAAGAGGUAAAUAAAUUAGUCAGAUAAUCUAUCUUUGAAUAGACACAGAGAAAUUAAGCUGGAGAAUUUAAUGGGUAGAAUUCUACAAAAUGA